CCCUCCAAUAUGGCAACUGAGCGCAGAAAGUGACAGCGCUGCCAUGUCUGCCGACGAGAUGUCCUUAUCUGACGGGGAGCCCUACACCGGGGAGCGCUGGGCUCCGGUUGGUGCAGUGGCUGAAGAUGCCGAGGAGCAGGCCUCAAACCUGGCGGAUGUGCUGAAGGGUGAGGUCGGUGGUAGGUCUGUUGGUCUGCUAGCGGGGACCGGGGAGAUGGCGGAGAAGCUGAGAAAGCUGGAGGAAGAGCAGGACCUGCUCAACUCGUCGCUUCUGGCCCUAACAUCUCACUUCGCUCAGGUGCAGUUCCGACUUAAACAGAUUGUGCGGGCGGAGGGCAGCGAGAAAGAGAGUCUGCUGGCGGAGCUGGAGGAUUUCGCAUUCAAGGGUUGCCCGCAUGUGCUGGGGACCCGGGAGCUGCAGGAGCAGGUCAUACAGGACUCGAGCGAAUGGGAAAAGCGGGAGCGUAUUGAAGCACAGCGGAAAAGACAGCGAGAGUUAAUAGUACAGCUGAAGACACAGCUGGACGACUUGGAAACCUUUGCAUAUCAAGAGGGCACCUAUGAUUCUCUACCCCAGUCUAUGGUCAUGGAGAGACAGCGGGUGAUCAUAGAUGAAUUGAUCAAGAAGCUGGAUGUAAACCUAAAUGAGGACAUCAGCUGUUUGUCUCCAGAAGAGCUGCGCCAACGUGUUGAUGCUGCCAUUGCUCAGAUUGUCAACCCUGCACGAGUGAAAGAGCAAUUGGUGGAACAGCUAAAGACUCAAAUAAGAGAUCUGGAGAUGUUCAUUCAAUUCAUACAAGAUGAAGUUGGCAGCCCUGCUAUAUGUGCAAAUACAGGAGCAGCAGGGAGUCAACCAAGCGCUGGUUCACACCCUCGAAACAAAGUGAGUCCAGAGCAGGCAAGACAGAUGCAAGAAACAGGUGUGCACCUCAUGCGCCGUGCUCUAGCGGUUCUACAGUUGUUUGCUGUUAGCCAGUUUGGCUGUGGAACUGGACAUAUACCAUACAACCUCUGGAAACAAGAUGAGACCAAUAGAGACUUCACUCCACUGAUCAAGAAGUUGGAAGUAUCUGUAGACAAGGUGAGGCAGCUGGCACUGCGGCAACAGCCUAAUGACCAUGUUAUCAGUUAUGCCAACAUGCAAGAGAUAUCGUUGGGAGGGAAAGAUGAGUUGACUGUGGCAGUGAGAAAAGAAUUGUCGGUCUGUAUCAGAGAUCUUCUGUCACAUGGACUUUAUGCCACCUCCCAAGGGAUGAGCCUGGUGCUGGCUCCUAUUGCUUGCUUGAUUCCUGUCUUCACAGCAUCUCCACCAACUAUGCAUCCCUGGGAGCUCUUUGUUAAGUAUUACAAUGAGCAGAAUGGAAGAGCCUUUGUGGAGUCACCUGCCCGCAAGCUAUCUCAAUCCUUUUCCCUGCCUGUAUCAGGAAGCAGCAAGGUUACCCCAAAACAGAGUCUUCUCUCUGCAAUCCAUACAGUCUUAACAGAACAUGAUCGGUUUAAGCGUGGAGCAGACUCUGAGUUCAAGGCUUUGGUCUGCAUGGCAUUGAAUGAGCAACGCCUGGUCUCCUGGCUCAACCUUAUCUGUAAAUCAGGAGUAUUGAUACAAACACAUUACCAGCCCUGGAGUUACAUGGCCAGCAGUGGCUUUGAAAGUGCCCUGAACACUCUUAGCCGUCUCAGUAACCUAAAGUUUAACCUUCCUGUUGAUCUUGCAGUGCGUCAGCUCAAAAAUAUCAAGGAUGCUUUUUGAUGCACCCACUUAACUUUACCUACCAUAUGUACAGUGGAUUUUUCAUAUUUCAUGUGUCUGUAUAAAACUAUAGUUAUUAGGAUGACCUAUUUUCUCAAGCACUUUAUAUCUAAUCUCUUCUGUGCUCCACAAUAUCACUGCUUCUUUGAGCUUGGUUUCCAUUGCUGGUGUAAACCGGUGGUGACAUAAAACCUCUCCUUAGACUCUAAUUGAGGCACUUGUUACCACCAGUUUACAAGAGCAAUGGAAACUAGGAAUUGUUCUUUGUUUUGUAUUAGAUAAAGGGAGACUCAGACACUCCCAUUAGUUGGUUUCCUAUUCCAUUUUGAAUGACAUCACUAUUAGGAUUACAAGGGGCAGUCACAUAGAUCUAAGGCUCAGAAGGUUGUAUAUUUUUAUUAUUAAGACUAGAAUUUAGAUUGUUUUAUAUAUAUAUUUUUUUAAAACAUUUAGCAUGACAGGACUAUAGUCUGGAAUAAGAGGUUUAUAAUUAUGUGGACAUUUAGAUGAUCAUUAAUUUAUAUAAUAUUUCUUAUUUCCCUCUCUCAAUUGAAUGCUCUGGAUUUGUUACUAGAAUUUAAAUUGACUAGUUAAAACUCAAAUCUAUCCAUCUACUCUCUGAAUAUAAAUUAUUUUUUUAUUAAAGAUAGUGUUAAAAACAUCAUAUGUUACGUUUUAGUCCACUGUUUUCUUAUCCUGUUACAGCCUUUUGUAAAUCAGUUUUAUCUCUGAUGCACCACACCUUAAGCAGCAGUGAUGUCACUCAUGCAAAAUAAUAAUUAUAUUCAUAAUAAUGUGCCCCAUGUUAGCAUACACUUUUUUAUGCUUAAUUUAAAGGUACCAAAAUAACAGCAUAAAAAAUAUUCUGCUCCAUAUUAAUAAAGUAACAUUUAUUUAUAUUCUAACUUAUCUUCCCUAUUGCGUACCACUAGUAUGUGCUUUUUUUUUUUUUCUUUAAAAAGCAUGCUUUAUAGGAGAAAAUGUGAAAUUAAGCAAUAUAAAGCACUUUUUUUUAUUUUGUAUCCCUUUUUUAACAAUAGUUAUCCAGCAUUUUUUAUUUUUUAGUACUGGAGACAGACCAUAUAUUAAAGGAACAUAAAAAGAACAGGAUGCUGUAAAGCACUAAACAACACAAAGUGCAUUUUGAUGAAAACAUAUAUGAAGUGUCUAGUUUUAACUCUGAUCAGUACUCUGUGCAUCUGUCUGGUACCAAUCUCAGAACAUACAUAGGUGCGGAUUCUGCACUAGCUUGCUUGUCAAUCAAAUUAUUUCACAAGAGAGUACUUACAAAACUGUUGAUAAGUACACACAAAAACACAUUGCAAUAGUAUGAUAGAGGUGAGUCCAUUAGAGGCUCAGGUAUAAUGUAAAUGUAUACUCUGAAUAUUUUGCACAACAUUAAUAUAUUAAACAAGUAAGUGUCCCUAAUACUGUAUUGUUGGAUAAGAACCGUGGGUAAGAACGGUUAAUAAAGUACCCAGUUCUGGAGAGAAAUGUGUAUGUACUGUAGCUAAGACAUGGGAUAAUGUAAUGCAUUCUGUUUAAUAUGCUACCUAGCACUGCCAUUUAUAUAUUUUUGACUUGUGAGGGGAAUACUCUCUUCAAAAGAAAAUAAGGAUAAUGUGAUACAAUGUUACUGUAUAUUUUCCAAAGCCAUUGAACUGUUAAUUAUUAUUUGAUUACCUAUUUGACUACUUCCAAACCAAAAAUGUAAAUCUCUGUUUACUUCCAUAGCUGUUACAACCAUUUGUAAUUUGUUUCCAGUAAUACUGUUUCAUCUAAGUAGUAGAUGAAAAUUAAUUUAAAGUGGUCUGUCUUUGAGAUAUUAAUAUGCUGGCUAAAAUGUAGAUUGCAUGUUGACUAGUGUUGAGAGUUGCAAUGCAAAUUAAUUUUGAGAUGCCAAUAUUCAACAUAAAAUUGAAAUAUUGCUUUUCUUUGUUCAUAACACUUUGUUAAAAAAAUACACAUUUUUGUCAUUGAAACUUCAAUAUUAUAAUGAUUAAUCUUGGCUAAUAGAUUGUAUAUUGUAUACAUUUCAUGUAUAUUAAGCACCGUGACUCACUAAAAUAUAUUUUAAGAAUGUUAAAUGUUUAAUAAGUUGAUCUGGAUGUUUAUAGUUAAGUGAUGUAAAAGAUCAUGUAUCUUGGGAUUUGUAGUUUUCAGAUUUUUUUUUUUAUUUGUGUGUGUGUAAAUUCUCUGUAUGUAUAUAUGGUACACAGAACAUCUGAAAGAAAUAAAAAUGCUGCUAGUUUA